AGGAAAUCUGACUGAACUGCUAAACAAUUAAAAACAAGACAGUCUGUGACAGCGAACCGAGAGAUGGGAAGCGGUCUAACAGCGUCCAUAUCCGAUGGUUAUCAUCUCACCUGGCUGGUGUCCUAAUUAAAGUCCUGACUGGUUCCAGUUGUGUUUGGGGGCCAGAAAAUGAAAAGUUUUUUGCUUUGCUGCGUUUUAAUCGUGGCGGCGCUGCAGCGGAGCUUCAGCCAGACGACACAUUUACCUGAAACAGGGUUAUACAGCUGUGAAGGGGAUAUUCUACUGUUACUAGACUCCUCUGGAAGUGUGACAUCAUUUGAAUUCUCUCGAUUUCUGGAAUUUAUCGCCAACCUCCUGUACCCAUUUGCGCUGGGCCGAGGACACCUCAGAGUGGCCCUACUGCUUGUGGCCACCACCCCUCACCUGGAGUUCAGCCUGGACAUCCACAGCGACCUGGAAAGUCUGCUUAGAGCUUUGGAGAGUGUCAGACGGCUGCAAGGAGAUACCAACACGAAGGCGGCAGUGGAAAUGGCUCAUCAGCUGCUGUUGGAGGUAGAGGGGGAUGUGCCCAAAGUGCUGCUGUGGCUGACAGAUGGUAUUCAGCCUGGAGAAGUGGAGGAGCCCAUGUCUAAGCUGAAGGCUCAGGGAGUUCAUGUGUUAAUUGUUUCUACAAUUCAUGGCGACUACAACGUUUUGCAACGUGUGGCGACUCCUCCUUUGGAGUCCCAUCUGUACUCUGUGGACAUAGAUAGCAUCGACAUCAUCACAGACGACCUGAGAGAGGCCAUCAUCAAAAUCAUAUGUGCCGAACAACUGAGCGUGGUUCACCUGACCUCCCAUAGUGCUGUACUUCAGUGGCAUCCUGUUCUUUCUUCUGAUGGCGGUUAUUAUGAACUGCGGUAUAAAGCUGUGGGUGAAAGCCACCCUGAGAAGUCCAAGGUUCUUCCAAGCACCUCCAGCCGAGCAGAGCUGACCAGACUGCAGCCCGACACCAUGUACACGGCUUCCCUCCGCCCAGAGUCCAACCAAAUUUUGUUCAGGACACUGUCGGUGAAGUUCACCACGCUUCCUGUUAGAAAAGAUGUUAUUAGUCCAGCGGAGGUUACCUUGUCGGACCACGGUCCCCAUCAGGUCCGUGUCACCUGGGGCCCCCUGCAGCCAGCUCUGGUACAACGAUACAGAGUGGAGUACGGAGCAAUCCCAAGUGGACAUGUUCAAACUGUGACUGUAAGCAACCAGAGAAGUUCUGUGUUUCUGAGGGACCUGGAUCCAGGCACUCGGUACCUGAUCACAGUCAGCGCUCUUUAUGUGGAUGGAAAAGAGAGGGCCAUGUCUGUAACAGCUUGCACUCAAGAAGCACCUCUGCCUCCCCUGACCGACCUUCAGCUGGCCCUGAUCGAUCGACCCGAGGGGAACGAGGUUCAGGCAACCUGGCAGGCCAACACAGAAGGGUUAAAAGGUUACUGGAUCAACUGGAAGAAAAAAAGCUCCCAGAGCUCCCAGUCAGAACACUCUCUCUCCUCAGCCUACCUUCCCCCUUCCACCCUUUCAACCCGACUCACCGACCUUGCCUCCAACAGCCGAGUGUGUGUCUCUCCUCUCUACAGCUUUGGUCGAGGAGAGGGGAUCUGCUGCACGGCCAGGACAAACAGUGAUUAAUUGGGCUGACAGGCUCUUUUAUUUCAGUUACUGCAGGUAUAUUCAUACGGUGCUGAGUACUUAAUGAUGUCUAGUUUUUCUUAACUCUUCCUCUAGAAAGUUUUAGUCAGGCUUGAUAAAAACAAAAUUUGGGAAAAAUCAGACCAUGGGAGCACCAAAAAGGUGGGGAAUUAAACAGAGUAUCUUACCAAAAUGUUCAAUUUUAUUUAAUUAUGUUUCAGUGAAAGAUUGUAAUUGAAGUUUUGAACAAAACAGAAUUUAUCGUGCUAAAGAAAUAUGUAACUAUCUGAAUUAAGCUCGCUGUUUAAAGGUAUAGUGGAGGAUUUUCAUGAAUUCCUAUUAUAUGGAAUGCCUAUUAUAGGCGUGCAAGAGCAUGCACAAGCCCAUUUCUCCUCGUGCACACUCUGUUUAAAAGUUGCUGUUUUAAUCACUCAUACAAGCUUAUUUCCAUAAGAUUUCCACUAUUUCAUACUCACCACCAGUAUUUAAAAUGGGGACGAGUAGGUAGGACGGUCUUAUGUAAACAUAAUUCCAGGAUGAUUAGGAUGAACAAUAUGGGGGACCACUUAUUUUGAUGAUCCACCUGGAAAAAUAACAUCCACCACUAUAUCUUUAAGGCAAGGGAAAUUCCAAACAAGUAUAAGAUGUUAUUUGGUCGGAUUAGACCAAAUAUUUUAUUUUCUUUCAUGCAAGAUACUCUGUGGCAGGAAACUAAUCCUGUAUAUCCUGCUGAAAAUGCAAUCUCCAUGGAGAAGUAAAGUGGUGGCCGUAUCAUGUUGUGUGGAUGUUUAUAUGCUACAGGAACUGCGAGACUGGUCAGAUAAGAAGUUGUUUAGAAAUGUUAUAAGAAGUACCAUUUGAAGCCCCAAAAGAGUUUAGAGAUUUAAUGUACUUUCCUGCAAGACCACCCAAAGUAUAACCGAGCUACAGUGGAUUGAUUUAGACAAGAGUAUAUUUAUUUGCAAAAGGAAAACAAAUAAAACUCUUUAUUACUGACAGGAAAAGGGGGUAUGAGAGAGGGGUAGAGACAUGCGGGAAAGGACCACCGGCAGGAUUCAAACGCGGAUCACCCGCGUCGACUAAGCCCUCCAUACGUGGGUCGUGUGCGCUAACCACUGCAUCACCAAAGCUUGCCCAUAAACCUGAAUCUUAACAUAAAAUGUGACCUUUUAGAUUUGUUUUCAGUUAUUUAACAGUUUUCUCUAGAAGAUACAGUAACUAUUCUGUUCUUUGUAAUUUAAUAAAAUCAUUGUUAAUUGCAAUUAAUUAUUUAUGAAUGAAUCCAUAUUUAUAUUAGAAACCCCUAAAAAUAGCCUUAGGUUGGUGUCAACACAGGUUUAAUUGUUUUCUCUUUUCUCACACUUUUAUUGCCAUCUAGUGGCUAUAUCACAUAUAGUUGUGGUGAAAAAGAAAUUAACAUCUGUAUUAUAGUCAUGAUGUUUCUUGUACAAAUAAAUAAUUUUACAAGUUAUGAAAACCACG